UGCAUCCGUCCGCGAUUCGCGAAUCCUCCUCCGGUCGUAGUAAGCGGUCGAACGCCGAAGCGGCCACUUGCUCCAAGGAAAUCUCGAUCUUGACGUGUUCGCGCGAAGUGUGCCCACGAGUUCUCUCGCGAUUGUUCCGUGAAGAAGGGCGACCUCCGAGUGCGCGAAAGACCUGUGGACCUGGUGACGUCCACGAGGAAGCCAGGAGGAGGUGGCGGCGGCGGCGGUGGAGGAGGAGGAGACGGAGGCGGAGGCGGAGGCGGAGGAAGUGCCGGCGAAGGAGGAAAGAGACGUCUCCGUUGUCUCUUUAGUUGUUGUCAUUGCCCGUUGUUGUCAGUGCACCUGCAGCAAAGAUGAUGCACGCAAUGAGCGAGCACGCUGGGGUCGGCGUAUUGCCGUUCGACGGCAUGGGUCUGUACGAGCAACCUCGGCCGCCGCGGCUGGUCUUCAAGAUGCCGCGAGUUGUUCCGGAUCAGAAAGCGAAGUUCGAGAGUGACGAGCUCUUCAGGAGACUGAGCCGGGAGAGCGAGGUGAGAUACACGGGCUACAGAGACCGGCCGAUGGAGGAGCGACAAGUGCGAUUUCAAAAUGGCUGUCGGGAAGGCCACACGGAGAUUGCGUUCGCAGCGACGGGCACGAAUCUUCAGCUUGUCUUCGGCGGAGCGUCCGGGAAUUACCCCGUCGAUCCUUGCGAUUGCGACUUCGACAAAGAGCACGGGAAGGUACACCUACGCUCGCACCUGAUCAUGAACGGCGUGUGCGUGAGGUGGCGCGGCUGGAUCGACCUGGAGCGCUUGGACGGCGUCGGCUGCCUCGAGUACGACGAGGAACGCGCCGCCGAGGAGGACGCGUUGCUACGCGAACAGCUCGAACGUUACAAUCAACGAUUGCGCGACUUCGAGGAGAAGCAACGGGCUUACCGGAGCGGCGCCGCGCAACCGCCUCAUCUCAAUCAUUAUCACCACGAUCACCACAGCCACCACCAUCACCAUGGCCAUCACAGCCGGCACGUGAGCGGCGCGGCCGCCACCGGUGCCACCGCCGCCACCAUCGAGUCUCACCUGCCGCACCGUCAGGACGCCGAGAUGGAGGUACGACUGCGGGCCUACUGAGGCCCGUGCAAACAACCACCGCCGCCCGACCACCACUACUACCAUCACCACCACCACCACCACCACCAACACCACCAACACCACCCCCGAUGAUUAUAUUGUAUUGUAUUUAUGGGAAUAAAUCCCUCUCUGGAACGCAGACUAGUAGAACUCUCGAUGAAGAGAUGCUUGAUUGAGCAUAUUUUCCAGUAUAUAUAUAUAUAUAUAUAUAUGUAUAUGUAUAUAUAUGUGUGUGUGUGUGUGUGUGUGUGUGUGUGUGUGUGUAUGUACGUAUGUAUGUGGUGUAAAACGCGCGCGAUGACGAGUCCGCUCGACCAACGCCCGUGAAAAAUCGCGCGAAUGAUUGUAUACUGACGACUUCGCCUCCGGCGUGAUUUGAAUGAGAGAGUGAUUGCGAGAGAGAACGAGAGAGAGAGAGAGAGAGAGAGAGAGAGAGAGAGAGAGAGAGAGAGAUAUUAGUCGAAAAUAAUCUCAAGUCGAAUUAAACGAACCCAAUUUUUCAUCGAGUUCAUACACUUCAUACAGUUUGGUUUGUUUUUUUCUUUUUUCAGAUUUACAGUCGUACAUACAUGCCGAAUUUAGCUUACAAUUUAGCAAUUCCUCAUUACUGUCGGUAGCCACGAGA